AGAAGAACCGCGAUGGGAAACCUGAUCCCAGUGGUGGCAUUUCUGCUGCUGCACCUGCCGACAGAGCUGCUGUCCAUUCAGGUGGUUGUCCCAGAGACUGAGAGGAGAACCAUGCUGUUCGGCUCUGUGAUCAUACGCUGCGAUUACUCGACUUCGGCCUCCGUUCAAGAUGUUCUGGUUUCCUGGAAGUACAAGUCCUUCUGUAAAGACCCAAUUCUGGACUACUACUCCACAGCUUAUCAUGCAGCUUUGCAGCUGGGCCAGGAUCCCACUAAUGACUGCCCAGACCGCCAGCGCACCGUUCGCACCGUCAUCCAGAAGAGAGGCAUCAAUGAGCCCGUGCUGGGUGUAGAGUACAAAAAUCGCAAAAUUACCAUUCAGAACAAGGCUGAUUUAGUCAUAAAUGAGGUGAUGUGGUGGGAUAACGGCAUGUAUUUCUGCACCAUCAAUGCUGCUGGUGACACAACAGGAGACUCGGAUCGUGAAAUCAGACUCAUUGUGUUUCACUGGCUGACCGUGCUGCUGAUUAUCAUUGGCUUCCUCCUGCUCAUCAUGCUGUUUUGCGUAUGCUGCUGUCAGUGCUGCCCGCAGAAGUGCUGCUGCUACGUCCGCUGCCCGUGUUGUCCUCAGACGUGCUGUUGUCCAGAAAAAGUUGUGAUGCAGCACCGGAUGCUGAAAGAAACUCAGAAAUUUAUGGCUCCAUGGAUGAACGGUCAACCUAUUUAUACAAACAUCAGCUCUAACGCCUCCUCCCAGGGUGUACCUUUACUCUAUCCAGGUUCACCCACAGAUUAUCCGGUCAAAACAAACUUUGCCAUGGCUCCUAUUCAGCUGACACCUAUAGCCGUGCCACAGCAACCCCCACCUCCUCCACAACAUUACACCUACAACAGCCUGCGUGGCCCCGGUCCUGGAAACAACCAGGUGCUGGACUAUCUGGAAAACCAGGUGAGGGGCCUGGACGUCGGGGUCCCUCAGGGGGCUCCACAGACUGUUCGGAACGUGCCACUGCAGCCCCAGCCCUCUCCUCCAUCAGUCCCCUACACCCCUGGGCCCCCGAGCAUGCUGUCAGCGCUGGAUGAGAUGGGGGUAAAAAAUGAAGAGAGAAGAGUCAUCACCCUGCCUCCUAUUAUCCAGCGAGUACCCAGCUUCUCCUCCCGCAGGAGUGGCUCUGGUGGAGAUGGAACCAGAGGCUAUCCCAGAUUAUCCAGUCAGUCCAGCGGGAGCACCAACCGCUCUGGAGGAGGCUACCAGCGGGACGGCCGGGGGUACAGAGACGUACCCCUGCACAUACAGGGGAUCCUACAUUACAGCGACGACUCAGACUUGGACAACAGGAGAGGAAGAGCACCACACAGGGGUUCAAGGAAUGAGAGAGGAAGCUCGGGUGGAAGGAGGAGAGGAAGGUCCAAACCACGUACCCGAAGCCGAGAUGACCUGAUUGAAGAGCUGCACGCUAGAUCCAGUAGGAGGGAGAGGAGCUACUCUCCUCCUCAGCACCGAAAAGGCUCCUGGAGCUCAGACGAGGAGGACAGCAGAAGGAGAAAAGGCAGGAGAGGGAAGGAUUGGCCAGAGAGGCCCCCCAGCUACUUUUCUGUCGAGCCUGGACGUGAUAACGGACGCAGGAACUACGACCACCUUUCCGAUAGAGGCUCCCAUAGCAGUACCAGCGUAGUCAUCUGA